UCUAAACCCAGCGGCUCCUCGGGCGCACCAUGGCACUGGAGUAGUGCGGGGAGCGCGCCUGGAGCCCUGCGGCCCGCUGCGCCCCGCCCGGGACCCCGCUGCGCCGCCCGCGCCCCCCCAGCCCGCGGGGCCGCCCCUGCACCCCCGCCCCCUCCCCCGCCCGCCGCCGCCUCCGCCGCCGCUGCCGCCGCCGCCUCCUCCCCGCGGCUCCGUCUGCCGCUGCCGCCGCAGCCCGGCUCCGGGGCUGACAAGCAGGUGACAGAGGAGCCGGCGCGCGUGGCUGCGAGUGCCCGGGAGAACGCGGCGCGGACUGCAGCGCCCCGGCCCGCCCGCCCUCACGACGCCGGGGCCCGGGGCCAGCGCGUCGGCGCUCCACGCUCGCCGGGGGCGGCCCGCGGCCCCUGCCGCAGCCCCAACCCCGCGGGGGCCGCGCCUCCCCGGCUCCGGGGCCGCGGCGGCGGCGAGCGGGCAGGCGGGCGGGCGGGCGAGCACCCUGGCCGGCGGGGCCCAAGGCGCGCCCCGCGUCCCAUGGAUAUAGCAACAGGUCCCGAGUCGCUGGAGAGGUGCUUCCCCCGCGGGCAGACGGACUGCGCCAAGAUGCUGGACGGCAUCAAGAUGGAGGAGCACGCCCUGCGCCCCGGGCCCGCCACUCUGGGGGUGCUGCUGGGCUCCGACUGCCCGCAUCCCGCCGUCUGCGAGGGCUGCCAGCGGCCCAUCUCCGACCGCUUCCUGAUGCGAGUCAAUGAGUCUUCCUGGCACGAGGAGUGUUUGCAGUGCGCGGCGUGUCAGCAAGCCCUCACCACCAGCUGCUACUUCCGGGAUCGGAAACUGUACUGCAAACAAGACUACCAACAGCUCUUCGCAGCCAAGUGCAGCGGCUGCAUGGAGAAGAUCGCCCCCACGGAGUUUGUGAUGCGGGCGCUGGAAUGCGUGUACCACCUGGGCUGCUUCUGCUGCUGCGUGUGUGAGCGGCAGCUGCGCAAGGGCGACGAGUUUGUGCUCAAGGAGGGCCAGCUGCUGUGCAAGGGGGACUACGAGAAGGAGAAGGACCUGCUCAGCUCCGUGAGUCCCGACGAGUCCGACUCUGUGAAGAGCGAGGACGAGGACGGGGACAUGAAGCCGGCCAAGGGGCAGGGCAGCCAGAGUAAAGGCAGUGGGGACGACGGGAAAGACCCCCGGAGGCCCAAGCGACCCCGGACCAUCCUCACCACGCAGCAGCGAAGAGCCUUCAAGGCCUCCUUCGAGGUGUCCUCCAAGCCCUGCCGAAAGGUCCGAGAGACGCUGGCGGCAGAGACAGGCCUCAGCGUGCGUGUGGUCCAGGUGUGGUUUCAGAACCAAAGAGCCAAGAUGAAGAAGUUGGCGCGGCGGCACCAGCAGCAGCAGGAGCAGCAGAACUCGCAGCGGCUGGGCCAAGAGGUCCUGUCCAGUCGCAUGGAGGGCAUGAUGGCCUCCUACACGCCAUUGGCCCCACCCCAACAGCAGAUCGUGGCCAUGGAGCAGAGUCCCUACGGCAGCAGCGACCCCUUCCAGCAGGGCCUCACGCCGCCUCAAAUGCCAGGUGACCACAUGAACCCCUAUGGGAACGACUCCAUCUUCCAUGACAUCGACAGCGAUACCUCCUUAACCAGCCUCAGCGACUGCUUCCUCGGCUCCUCGGACGUGGGCUCCCUGCAGGCCCGCGUGGGGAACCCCAUCGACCGGCUCUACUCCAUGCAGAGUUCCUACUUCGCCUCCUGAGAGCCAGCCGGCCGCUUGGACGCUUGGGCCAGGGUCCUGGGAGCGGGGGUGGGGGGCCUGCGGCCGCCAGGGCCAGCCCCACCGCCCGCACAGACUCUACACACAGCCAUACGGUGCCCUUCCCCGGGCCGGCCGGGCAGGCAGACGGGCGCAGCCUGGGCAGGGCCGCGUCAUCCCAGGGACCCAGAGUCUCGGAAAGCCGCUCGCCUCUCAGCCCCACCUAGGCCUCCAUCGCCUCCUUCUCCCUACCCAUCUCUUUUUUGGGAAGCUUAAAUUCUCUCUAUUUUUUUAAAUGUCCUCUCUGUGUCCAGCCAACCUCCAGGGACCGGGCCUAGGUCCAGGCAGCCGCCCCCCGCCCCCUGCCCCGCCACAGCCCCAGCAUGCCCCAAGGCGACUAUGUUCUGUGCAGUGCGUGUCACCUGCGAGGGCGUGUCCCUGUGAGCGGGGCUCGUGCCCAGCUCCCCCACCUCCAAGAGCCAGCCCGCCAGCCUGGGUUCACCCGUCCCAGUUCGAAUCUGGAACAGAAGUGGGAAAGAGCCUGGCAGGUGUGCCCGGUCCACCACGGCUCUGCCCUGAAAGGGAGUCCCUGGGGAGGGUAGACCGAGCCUCACUUGCAGACGCACACAACCCAAAGGCCAUGCGGAUCCGCGCGCAGGUACACACACAAGCUGAAGAGACACAGAGGCGCUCUGGGGGCCAGCCCUGCCACGUCAGGAAGGGGAACGAGGCCAGACCGGGGCAGGGACCCCAUCUUCUUACAGCAAUAGGGGAGAAGGAAGGAGGGGACGGGAGGGAGGGGGGAGUUUGGG